AUGCUUCUGUUCCUACACCGCCGUCUUCAAGAAAUCACAGGGAGUUCUGAAAUAUUUGGUGGACUCAGCAUCUUUACCUUUGGAGAUUUAUUUCAACUACCUCCACAUGCACAGCGAGCUCUUUUUGAUCAACCUUCUGAAGAGAUAGCAAGAUUAUAUGGAUCUCUAUGGAAAAAUCAUUUUAAAGUUGUAGAACUUCAACAGAUCAUGAGACAGAGAGAUGACUUAUCUUUUGCCAGAUUGUUGAACCGUGUAAGAAGUGGACAGCACACAAGUGAUGAUGUAUCGACACUGUGUACAAGGGAAACAAAUGACCCUCCUGAAGACAUCCUCCAUGUUUACACCACAAACAAAGCAGUAGACAAUUACAACAACAAGAAACUGGAAUCACUUUCAACCUCAAAAUUUGUUGUGAGAGCACAAGACUCAAAGAAGGAUGUUACAACAGCUGUAGGAGCUAGAAUUAUUCUGACAUACAAUGUUAGUACAGCUGAUGGUUUGGUAAAUGGAGCUAAAGGAACAGUGAAAGGAUUCAUACCAACACCACCAACUACUGCAGAUGACAACUACACACCAAAUUUUAUUCUCAUUGAAUUUGACAACCCAAAUAUUGGACAUCAGACCAGGAUUUUAUACGGACGCCUCCUUCAGCAUCAGUCAACAGUUGUACCUAUUGUUCGACAACAGGUUCAAGUGCAGUUAGGCAAACACUCAACUGUGCAUGCAGUCCGUUUCCAGUUUCCUCUCACGCUCGCUUGGGCAACCACUAUUCAUAAGGUGCAAGGAGAGACACUGAACAGCAUUGUAAUACACUGCAAUGGCCAGUUCCAGCCAGGACAGCUCUAUGUUGCUUUAAGUAGAGUAAAAUCAUUGAAUGGCCUGUAUCUUGUGAAUUUUGACAGCCAAAAAAUCAAAACCAGUGCCAAGACCAUUGCUGAAAUGGAAAGGCUCAUAAACUCCAUGAAGUUCUUUCCUCCUGAUACCCUAUCAUAUCUACCAGAUUCCAACUCGAUGAUCAGCAUAUCAGCAGUCAAUGCACAAUCAUUGCACAGCCAUCUGCUAGAUCUGCUCAUAUUUUAG